CUUUGAACUGAAGCCUCACCAUUUCCUAUAUAAUGAAAUGAAUGAAUGCAUUCUAAGACAUAUCUCCCUUAUAUAUGGCUAACCCUAGAAUUUUAUCCCUUGGUUUUCUUCUGCUGGUGGGUUUAGGCUUAGCUUCGGCUGCUAGAAACCUUCUCGCAUAUGAUCCUCCACAUCACUCAGCUGUGGGAUAUGAUUACGAUCGUCCUGUGCUUAACCCAAAAGUAGGGUACGAUCCUGAGCAUCAUGAUCGACCCUAUGGUGCAUAUGGUGGUGGUGCUGGUGGAGGAUAUGGGAGCGGAACUGGCUCUGCCUUGGGAGGUUCUGGAUAUGGGAGCGGUGGCGGCGGAGGAGGUGGCUCUGGAUAUGGAGGCGCAAGAGAUCAUGGAGCUGGUUAUGGGAGUGGUGGAGGUGGUGGAUAUGGAGGAGGGAUGGGAUCUGGCCUUGGAGGCGCUGGAUACGGGAGUGGUGGCGGUGGAGGAAGCGGCAGAGGAUAUGGAGAUGUAGAUGGGCGUGGAAAAGGAUACGGUAGCGGUAGUGGAGGUGGCGGAGGAUCGGGAGGUGGCUACGGCAGCAGUGGUGAAGGAGGAUAUCAUGGUGGGUAUGCACCUUAAAGUACAUAUUAUCAUCUCAAAGGUUAUCCCAUCCCUACCCGAUGUUCAUCGUGUGAACCGUAAUAAAUUGAAUUUGGGUGACAAUGUUAUAGUAUUUCUAAAUCAAAUGCAAUAUGUAAUUUUCUUUUUUCUCUUCAUCAUCAUGUUUUUUGGUGUGAUGUCAGUUGGUUACUCAAAUCACUGCAAGAGACCCUUUUAACACAGCGUGUACAAACAACUAUUAAACUCAUUGGUAAUAUAUCUUGCAGCAA